AAAGAAGAGCUAGCUCGCCUAGAGCAAAUCAUUGAAGAUGUAGAACAGACUGGAUUUUAUGAACAGACAUAUAGCGAAUUGGUCUUUGGAGCUAAAUUAGCCUGGAGAAAUGCAACGCGUUGUAUUGGUCGCAUUCAGUGGUCUCGACUAAAAGUUUUUGAUGCAAGGCACGUGAAGACAACUGAUGAAAUGUUUCAAGCAAUAUGCGAGCAUUUAAAAUAUGCUACUAACAACGGCAACUUAAGAUCAGUUCUUACUAUCUUUGCUCCAAGAAAUGGAAGUAAACAAAACGACUUUCGAAUAUGGAAUGCUCAAUUAAUUCGCUAUGCUGGCUAUAAGAUGGAUGAUGGUUCAAUCAUAGGUGAUAGAGCAACAGUUGAAUUUACUGAGCUAUGUCUAAGCUUUGGCUGGAGAGGGUCUGGUGGAAGAUUUGAUGUCCUUCCUUUGAUUUUGCAAGCAAACGGUGGUGAACCACAAUUUUAUGAGAUACCUCCGGAACUUGUCUUGGAAGUUUGUUUACGCCAUCCAAAGUAUCCUUGGUUUGAGAACCUGGGUCUGAAAUGGUAUGCUUUGCCAGCUGUCGCAAAUAUGAUGUUUGAUGUCGGUGGAAUUGAGUUUCCUUGUGCACCAUUUAAUGGAUGGUACAUGGGUACUGAAAUUGGAUCUCGAGACUUAGGUGAUACUUAUCGCUAUAACGUAUGCGAGACGGUAGGACAACACAUGGGACUAGAUACUAAGAAUAAUUCAUCAUUAUGGAAAGAUAAAGCAUUAGUGGAAUUAAAUAUAGCAGUUCUGUAUAGUUUCCAGGAAGAUAACGUAACUAUUGUAGAUCAUCAUUCAGUCUCUGAAUCUUUCAUGAAUCACUUAGAGCACGAGGUAAAUUGCUUGAGAGGAGGCUGUCCAUCGGACUGGGUUUGGCUUGUACCUCCAUUAUCUGGCAGUGCUUCAGAAGUCUAUCAUCAAGAGUUACUGAGCUAUCGAUUGAAACCAUCAUUUGAAUACCAGGUUAACCCAUACUUUCUAUUAAUUUUUGAAUCUACACUGUUAAAGAGAAAAAGAAGAAUAAAAUUUAAAAAUGCUGGAAAUGCAAUACUCUUUGCCCAUUAUCUCAUUAAGAAUACCUUGGCUAAACGUCCUAAAGUUACGAUUCUAUAUGCUACUGAGACUGGAAAAUCGGAAUAUUACGCUAAAAUUGUAACCAACAUAUUUUCCUAUGGAUUUGAUGUUAAGCUGGUUUGCAUGAAAGACUACGAUCCGAGCAAUCUGUCUCAGGAAAAAUUAUUGCUUAUUGUUACUAGUACUUUCGGUAACGGAGAUCCACCUGAUAACGGAGUGAAAUUUGGAAGCUAUCUAUACCAAAGAUGCAAUCCCAGAGCCAAAGUAAGAGAAAAUCGCAGAAGUAUUCAUUUACCGAGAGGUUCCAAUAAACCUAUGCUUUCGAGAAUAGCAUCUAGCAAUUACAGCAAUAUGAAGUAUGCAGUUUUCGGGUUGGGUUCGCGAGCUUAUCCGCACUUUUGUGCCUUUGCUCGAUCUGUCGAUCGGCUACUUUGCCAUAUGGGUGCUGAGCGUAUUCAUGAUAUUGGUGAAGGAGAUGAACUAUUUGGGCAAGAAGACUCUUUUCGCAAAUGGACAGAGGAAAUCUUUCAUAUCAGUUGUGAAUCAUUUCAUCUAAAGAGUAUUGAUAAGAAGGACGCCCUUUCGACUUUAUAUAAAAACAGCAAUCACUGGUAUCCGGGUAAAUUCCGUAUGCAGGAAGAAUCGCUUGAUAUAGAAAAAACUGAUAUUUGCAUCGGUUUAUCUAAGGUACAUGGUAAAGAAGUUAUCUCAGGGAAAUUGAUUUCCAGGCAGAACCUUCAAUCGACAUCUUCUGAUCGAUCAACUAUAUUGGUGCGUAUCGGCACAAAAGGGAAGAAAUCAUUAUCUUUUCAUCCUGGCGAUCAUCUAGCUAUUUUUCCGGCUAAUCAUCCACGUUUAGUCCAGCGAUUAAUUAACGCUUUACAUGAUGCCCCAGAUCCAGAUCAACCCAUUAAAAUCGAGUAUUGUCAGGAGAAAGCCGGUCAAAAGAUUUGGCAAGUUUUCGAUCGUUUGCCACUACCUUGCACAUUGCGCGAUGCUUUUACUUAUUAUCUGGAUAUAACAACUCCGCCAACACCUCAAAUGCUGCAGCACCUUGCUACAGAGGCUGCUCGUGAUACCGAUAAACAGCGAUUAGAGUUAUUAGGAAGAGGUUCACAAAAAUAUGAAGACUGGAAAUUUGAAAAAUGUCCUCAUAUCAUCGAAGUUAUUGAAGAAUUUCCUUCGCUUAAAGUUUCUCCAUUAUUGUUGUUAACUCAACUACCGUUGUUGCAACAAAGAUACUAUUCGAUAUCUUCAUCGCCCAAACUGCAUAAAAAUGAAAUCCAUUGCACCGUUGCUGUUGUCAGCUAUAGAACAAGUGGAGGUCUAGGGGUUAAACACGAGGGAGUUUGCUCAAACUGGCUAACAAGGCUAGAAGCAGGAGCAACAAUUCCGUGCUUCGUUCGACCAGAUGCAGCUUUUCAUAUGCCUGAAGACGUGUCUGUGCCAAUAAUCUUAAUUGGCCCUGGUACCGGAAUUGCACCUUUCCGAAGCUUCUGGCAACAACGCUUCUACGAUAUGAAUUUAUCGACUCACAGGCCAAGCGUUUUUGGAGAAAUGAUCUUGUAUUUUGGAUGUCGAAAUUCGAAGACUGAUGAUAUAUAUAAGGAUGAGCUACGAAAAGCGUUGACAGAUCACGUACUGACCCAUGUACAAACAGCCUAUUCUAGACAAGAACAUAAGCCAAAACAAUAUGUUCAAGAUUUAAUAAAGAAGGAUGCUUUCGAGUUAUGUAAGUUAAUUCUUGAUCAUGGAGCGCACAUCUACGUUUGUGGAGAUGUUUCUAUGUCUGCUGAUGUUGGUCGUACAAUUCAGAAUGUUUUGGAGGACUACGGUGCAAUGUCUAGUACUGAAUCGCAGGAGUGUAUAACCAGACUUCGAGACUCUGGUCGCUAUCAUGAAGAUAUAUUUGGAGUAACUUUGAGAACAUUCGAAGUGACCACUAAUCGGCGAAAAGCUGCGCAGAGGUAA